AUGAGUGGAGGUGGUUGUGGCGGCGGCGGUGGUGGUAACGGCGGCGGCGGUGGUGGAGGCGGUAGUGGCGGCGGCUGGAGCCGCGGUAAAGGAGGUUUCCAAAUUCAGGCAGAAGACAUCGAAUUUUCAGUUACCCAUAACAUUGUUCCGGGGGCGGAUGAAGACAACAAUGAUGAAGGAUUCGGUGUUUCGUCCGUUGUGGACAGCUGGGAGUAUCUCAUCCAUGUAGAGAAACGUCCACUCGUUAAAAUUGUCCGUUUAGCUUUCCUUCUGACGACCUCGCAGGCAACCUCCCUAUAUCGGGCGCUGAAGCAUUUCCUUGACGACCUCGCAGGCAACCUCCCUAUAUCGGGCGCUGAAGCAUUUCCUUCUGACGACCUCGCAGGCAACCUCCCUAUAUCGGGCGCUGAAGCAUUUCCUUGCACAGAAAGUCGUGUCUGA